AAAAUAUUUAAAUAAUUCUAUUUAUUAAUACCAGUUCUAAUUUAAAGGAAAAAGUUAUGAGAAUAAAAUAAAAGUUGUCUGUACCACGAAGCAUGCCUGAGAGUCCUAAAGCUUUUUUAGCAUGUAUUCGAAUAUCUUAUGACGAUAAGUCUGCCACCCACACCACCCCGUGGCGUACUGUUUUCACUCAGCGGCUGGUCAGCGGUCACCUUUAUGAGGUAAACAUGGCGAUCAGCUCCUGAUCACCGUUCUUGUUCUUGUCGAUCAGAAAAUCAAAAUACCAGCGUGAUAUGGCCUCGAAGAUGACGCAGUUAUGUUGCUCGAUUCGUACUUCACAUUCGAUUCGAAGCUUGGGUGGCACAGGUUAUUUGUUACGGUGGAAUCGACAAGGGAAACUCGAACACUAGUGGUCACUAGUUGUAGUGUUUGAAUUGUUGGAAGAAAUGGUCGCAUGGGGAUGUAGGAAUGGUAGGUUUAACGAACAGUUUCAAAUUUUGCCCCUUGAAUUGAAAGUGAAGUUCAUUUGAAUGCUUUCGUAUGUAUUUCUGACUGUUUUAGAUCUACCUGCUCGAUUUAUAUCUGCUACGCUUCAUGUUGACAAGUUCCUCAAAAUGGCGGCAAAACUUGGAGAUUGCCGAAAAUUAGGUAAGUUCACGGAGUUAUAAAGUUUUAGUAAAGGUCGGGCCGCAAAUUUUUUUUCUGUAGUUACCUUUUCUAUGGCACCUACUUCCUAGCUAUAUUAGUUGGAUCAGUUAAGAACGCCUCACUUUUUCAAAAAGGUACCUUGAAUUUGAUCGGUUUUCGCGUGUGUGACUUAAGCGAACCGAUAAGGUGUCGUUCAAGUCUUCCUGUUUGCUUGAUUGAAACGUGAUGUUCACGAAAGUCGCCUCGAUGGAUAAGAUAGAGUUAGUAUACAUGGCUGUGGUAUUUGUUUUUUGCUGAGUCCCGUAGUUUGUUGUAAAUUGUCCGGCAAAGUUGCCUCAAAUUAACGUCUUGAAAAGUGUCACGACAGGCCUUCGCUCGAGUGAAAUUUAAUUUCCGUAAAACUCUGAAAAAUAAAGAGAUCCGAUCAAACGGAUUGUGGUUUUAGUAUAGGUAGAUGAAUGUCUUACAACACACAAGAAAUGAGCUAAAUCUCUGUCUCAAGAAAAAUCGACCGGACCGCUCUUACAGAGACACUCUCUUAAACCGUUGACAGAAGAUGUAAAGGAGGCAAAUGGGAUAUGCCGAAGUGAUAAUACAUAGAUUUAGCCGAGGCUAAAGGCGAGGCUCGCGUUAAUUAAAAAACAUUGCAAUAAAAGAAAUCCAAUCAGUGUUGAGCCAACACAGCGUUGCAAUGCUGGAACAGUGUUGAAAUUAUUCAAAACAAUGUCGCAACAAUGUUGUAACGCUGUGUUGCGCGAAAAAUCGUCGUUGCAAAUCGUCUCGUGUAACAUCACCUUUAGCAACGACGACGGCGACGGCGACGGCGACGGCAACUAGAACGACAAAAAAGCAGUAGAUUUAAUUAGCAAAACCACAACUUUGCACGUGCAUCACUCUUUUUUGUACAUUUCUUCGCCGUCACUGCACGACUUCGACGUGAAAAUGCCUAAUUUCACAUUUUAUGGAGGACGUAAGCAAGUGACAACGAAUUUUUCCUUCAAUUUCUCUUUCUAAACUUUGGUGCAGUCAUUAAGAAAUCAACUCCAGGGAAAUUCCUCUUCAUUUGACACAUUUGCACGGCUUUUAGGUAGAACAGAUGCUUUAUGUAAAGUUAUUUGAUAAAAUUAGCGUGGGUAAAUAAAGUUUUCACUCACUCACACCGAAUUAGAAUAAACGCGACAAAGUUCGAAACAACGCGGAAUUCAGUUCAAAAGUGACAUUUUCGCUGCCGUGGCCGUUGUCGAAGCUAAAGCUCCCUGGUCUACUUCCAAUAUGCAUGGCUAAUGGUUGCGACCACUAACAAGUUUCUGAUAAUGAGUGAGUUUGAUUACAGCCACCUGCAAACACCAGUCGAACCAGACAAAUAAAGGGCGACGUCAAAAUUCUAGCUAUGCAUACAGAAUAUAAGCAAACACACCAAUAAAUUUAAGUUUCUGCAAUCAGACGAAACUCCAUUAUGGCCAAUUAACAUGAAUUUUGCCACAUUUGACGAACUGCUUUCUGCUCGACUUUUGCUUUUGAUGGCGGGGUAUUUUGGACAAGGUACCAUAAACAAAUAGACAUAUUUUUUUUAAAAAAAUAGGAAUUGCAAUAUAUUUUAAAUGAAGCGACCUUUGGUGCUGUCGUGAAAGCAGGAAGGCGAAUCGCGAACUGGAAGGGUAUAAUUUGCCUUCCAGGCAAAGCAAGCAAUACUUUGAACCAACAUUUUUUUAAACGUUUUUACCCUGGCGUUAAAUAUUGUAGGUUUUUACGUAUACGUACGUUGUAACAGUUAAUUCGCUGCUUUUGAACGCAGUUUCUGAGAAAUCAUUCCAGUUUGUAUUUAUUUAUUAUUUAAUUCCAGUUUGUAUUAUAAUGCAAGUGUCGUUUUACGGCAAGACUAGAAUAGCUAUUUCCCCAUUGCCGUUCACUCUAAAGUCGUGAGUAAUAUUUCCAACUUCAUGUGUUUCCGAGAGACUUUGUAGGACAUUGUUCCCGACUUUAAAAUUUAAUAUUUGAAUACUAAUUUUUACAUAUUUUAGAGAACACGGCAACAGCAAGCUGUAAAAGACAUCCUUCGUCUUGAAAUUCUGCUGAUUUUUUAUGCACUGACAAGAAAACGAUCAUUUUCAUAACAUUCGAUGAACACUUAUUGCUGUAGUUAAACUACCAAACUGCUAAGGUGAUGUUUGUUUUCUGGGCGUCAGUACUGUCAAUUUUGCCUGUCAAUUUGUGUUAUGAUUUUAAAUUAUUUGGAUAAAGUCGAUGUAAAUAGGACUGUAAAAGACUCCAAAUAAAGCAUUGUCUUGUCUUGCCUUGUCUUGCCUGUUAUCCAGCGACACAAUUCUCCAUAAAGCCUAUCGAUAAACCCGUUAGCUGAUUGCAGUUAAACGGAAGCAGCACAUUUAGAAAAAUAACUUAAUAAUUAUUUUUUUCCAAUCUUUAGUUAUGAGCUUUCACGAAAGAGCACUUGUCGAGAAGCUACUGGAGAAUUAUCACACAGGGCUCAGGCCUAUCAUCUCUAAUAGCUCUCAGCCAACGACAGUUAAUCUUAGUCUCAGACUAGUGCAGAUUUUUGAAAUGGUGAGUAAGAUAGAUCAUAGGCACUCAAUGUGUGCAGAAGGCUCAGUUGAGAUCUGAGAAAACUAAAAUUUUACAGUCAGGCAAUGAAAAUCGAAGCAGUGUCUUGAUACAGCUGGAUUAACGAAAGUUUCUUUUUGUAAAUUUUACAGGAUGUAAAAAAACAGGUUAUCAUCACAAGUGUAUGGCUCAAGCAGGUACGUACGCGAAGCAGCUGUUAAGACGCUAACAUCGCCAUCAUCAUCAACAUCAUCAUCAUCAUCAUCAUUAUUUAGUAAAUCAUCAACAAAUUCGUCUUCAUCUUCGUUUUUUGUCAUAUUUGUAUCUCAUUUUGUCUUCCUUACAGUUUUUCAUAUAAAUGACAGCCCGUUAGUUCAAAUAAAUGCACUUGUCAAUAUAAAGGCAUGAAAUGUGAUCUGACGAAAGCAUAUAUAGGAGCCAAAUAUUCUUGUUGUCAUCAUUAGUAGAGGCAAGAUUUGGGUUAAUCAUAAAUUAUUUUUAAGAAGAGCAAGGCUUGUCUAACCAUAUACAAAUGCCUAAGAUUCAGAUUGAACUUAUAAUUCUUGAAAAUAACAGUUCUGAGAAAUUGAACUUACUCGCUAAAUCAUUCUCGAGCAAAGGGCUACAGUAGAAGCCAAAACCUUCAUCUUCACAACAGAUUGGUGUAGAAACUAAAGUUUAAAUAUUUCUCCAGAAAGAAGAAUUGAACAAUACUUACAAAGGAAAGUACAGUUGGUUAAGGGAGUUGUCACUGGGCAAACAUUAUGAUAUUAAGAGUGAAAUAGAACAAAAUAUGUCAGAAAUCGUUCGGUUUUACACUCGUUAACAAGUUGAGAACUAAUCUAGACCCUGUCGUGCAUCAUUUUGUUUGUUUUCUAAAGGCCUGGUACGACCCAGCUUUGCGGUGGAAUAAAUCUGAUUUUGGUUGGAUCGAUGAAGUCAGCUUGUCUCCUAGUGACGUUUGGGUACCAGACACUGUACUGCUGAACAAGUAAGCAUAUUAUAAAAUAAACUGAAUUUAUUAAUUAGUUAAAAUUAAUUCAAUAUUAUAGACACAUUUGAAAAAGUUGAUGUAAACCUUCUUAACCCUUUCGAGCUUUCAACAAUUUCAAAAAUGAAUGUUCAACGGCAAAAACCGUCAGAGAUGCGUGACACUUGUACUUCAAUAGCUGAUGAGCUGAUAUUCGGUAAAGAAAUAGCAAAAAGUGUCAAAUGUUUAAAAAACACACACACAAAAAAAACAAACGUUUCGGGUUUACGAGCCUUCUUCACUGUGAAAAAAAAAACCGGUUGUACACAGUACUUCGCAAUACCAGAGACAAUACCAAUUAUAGAAGCAUCUAUGUCUGUAUAGGUUGAGAAAUUAGAAUAACUGCUUUUCACUUUUUUCUAGCGCUGAUACUAGCCACAUGGGUGAACCUGUGGGAAUGAACAACCCACUGUUGAUUACUUCCCAUGGCACAGUCCGCUGGCUGGCGCCUAUUAUCCUCAAGAGUUCGUGCAAACUCAGUGUCCGUUAUUUUCCGUUCGACGAGCAGUUCUGCAGGCUCAAGUUUGCGUCCUGGACUUACAGCAAUAGCUCUUUGCGUCUUGUGUCAGAAGAAACUGAAAUCCUACAGAACUAUACUGGUAAAUUACACACUCUGAAUAAAGGUUGACUGUUUAAUUCUUAAAACUCCAAAAACAUCAUCAUCAUCAUCAUUAUCAACAUGAGUCGGUAAGAAUCUUAUUUGCGUUAAUCUUCCCGUGCGUACAUCUUCUAAAUCUCACGCUACGCUUCUGUGGAAAACUGCGCUCAACAAUGCUAAAUAUUUUAAACGGUCUAUCUCAACAUUCAGAACUGCAUGACACACUGUUCAACUGAAUGUUGAGCCGUGUGUCACGAGUCUAAUCAAGGUUUCUCUUUCACAGAAAGCGGCGAAUGGUACCUGGAAAAAGUCUACGACCUGAAUUCAACAAGCAAAGCAACUCACUUGAGCGAGGAAAGCAAGUCAGCCGUGACGUAUGUGAUUCACAUACGCCGUGAGGUGUUCUACUACUUCGUCUACCUCAUCACGCCUUGUAUGGUGACGUCAUUUAUGACGUUAAUCCUAUUUACACUACCCCCUGAGAGUGGUGAACGGAUGGUAAUGGGUGUCACAAUUCUGUUAUCACUCGCCGUGUUCUAUUUGUUAGCUUCGACUCACAUUCCCGAGACAUCAGAGGUGGUACCUUUGAUUGGCAGGUAUGGUGACGUCAUUUCUGACGUUAAUCUUAUUCACACUACCCCUUGAUAGUGGUGAACUGAUGGUAAUGGGCGUCACAAUUCUGUUAUCACUCACCGUAUUCUAUUUGUUAGCUUCGAAUCACAUUCCCAAGACAUCAGAGGUGGUACCUUUGAUUGGCAGGUAUGGUGACGUCAUUUAUGAGGUUAAUCUUAUUCACACUACCCCUGAUAGUGGUGAACUGAUAGUAAUGGGCGUCACAACUCUGUUAUCACUCACCGUGUUCUAUUUGUUAGCUUCGACUCAUAUCCCUGAAAUGUCAGAGGUCGUACCUUUGAUUGGCAGGUAUGGGAUGAUUGGUUGGUCUAUGGAGAUGAAAAAAAAACUUAUUAAUUUUGUAAUUUUUGAUUUAGCGAAAUUCGCCAUAGUGAAUCAAUACGGCCGGAUAGGCGAUAAAAAUGGACUUGCAUCCCAGUUGAUAUUUCCCUCUUUAUUACCCAGCCAGCCCAUGAAAGAUUGUCCAAAUUAAUAUAUACUCGGAAUUAAUUAUACAAUACACUAUCAUUAUUAAUUUUACGACUUUCUUUCGAAAAUGUUCGUGACAUCUUUCUGACAUUUUUUCUACAACUAUUUGACAAUACCAUUAGCUUCCGUAAAGCAGAACGAACCAACCAAUCGUCAAGAUCUUUAUACAUCUUACAUAAAAGAAUUUAUUGUUAACUUUUCAAUGGCACAAGCGUUGAAUAAGUUAAGAAAGUUUGAGAAGUGAUGUAAUACUAUUUUGUAUUUAUCUCACGACAGAUACUACUCGCUGACCAUAAUAGAAAUCGCAUGCGCACUGGGAUUGACUUGCUGGGUGCUACGGUUUCAUCACUACAACACAUCAGUCGGGAAAGUACCAAAAUGGGUCAGGGUAUGAGCAACAUAGUUAUAACUUCCCCUAAUUUCAGUGGUGGAUCCAGGGGAGAGGCCCUAAGGGCCCGGCCCCCCACCUUAUUUUUAGACCAAAAUGAGGCCCGAAGGCCCAACCGCCCCUCCCCCCUCAUCUCAGGGUCUGGAUGAAUUUUAAUGAGCUUUUAUAAUAUCUACAGAUAUUUACGCCGAUCUUUGAACUUUGUACACAUGGUCGCACGUAUGUUUUCCUUUAAGGUUUAUAUUCUCGGAUAUGUUGCAAGAAUGGUGCGCUACGAGGUCCCAAAGAAACCUCAAACAGAAAACGGUGGAGUUGGAGAGGAAGGUGAGUCCCACUCUAGUCAUUCUCUCUUUAAUUUUCAAUGCAGUACGUUGUAUCAGUUGACGUUUUUGGAAAGUCUAACCGAUGAGACCGCAUAGCUUUUUCGGUAACUUCACCAAAAUUUCACCAAACUCAUCUAAAAACCAACUCUUCCGUCAUAAAAUCCUAAAGUGUAAACGUUUAUGUCGUGUUCUACGAGUCUAGUCUUUGAAAACCGCCAAGUUAUGACCGAAUUACAAAUGAUUUAGAGUUACCCACACAUCCUUGCGGUCUUAACGCAGGCAGGUGGAAUAGCUGAGCUUAGCUGUAAAAAUAACAAAUAUUGCUGGCCUUCAAUUACACCUGUUGAGUUCGAAUAAUUUACUGAUUAUGGAUAUGAUUACUGCUAAAAGCAAAAGAAACGAUAUGGACAAUAUAGAUUAUAUCAAUCUUCCACGUUGUCUAACCAUUCACAUGUGAUAUGUGACGGAAACCGUAGAUUCAAUAGACUGCGAGCAGUCUCUUAUUUUUCUUUGCAAAGUUACUGCACGAGAAAGGCAAGCACGCAGGCGCGUCGCGAGCCGCGAUAAACGAGGGCUCGUCUGGUCCCAAUCCGUUUUUGUAACAUAUAACGGCCUGGUUUGCAAACGCGCUGGCUGACAUAAAAACUAGACGGAUUUUAAAAGAAAAGGCGGACUGCAAGCAGUCUAUAGAUUCAACAACUGCACAGUACCGAUUUUACGACCAAUCCAUUGGUGUAAUGCUAAUGAACGAGGUAACAAGGAAAACCUUAAAAUGCAACUUAUUUCAAGUUCUGCUAAAAAUUUUCAGACGAAGGAGAUAACGCUGUAACGAUGAGCGACAGUGACAGCGGCUCCCGCAUUCGUAGACGUCUUCCCAGAGAACCUAGUGGCAUCACCAUGAUGGCAGAAAGGGUGUUGAAGAAACAAGAUGAGGACAGGGUACAAGAAGAAUGGCAGCUUGCUGCACGUGUCAUCAACCGGCUCUUCUUGAUUUGUUAUCUUGUGGCUGUUGUUCUCUCCAUAUUUGGCAUCUUCUUGCAAGUUCCUGGAGUUAUCAUCUCCAGGCCCUCUCCGCCAACUUCGGACGAUGAGUAG